AUGCGGCCCCUGUGGCUCUGCUGGGCCCUCUGGGCGCUGCCCCUGGCCGGCCCCGGGGCGGCCCUGACCGAGGAGCGGAUCCUGGACAGCCUGCUGCAGCAGCUGCACCUCAGCGAGGUUCCCAUCGUGGACAAGGCCGCCGUGGAGGGGCUCGUCAUCCCGGCCCACGUGAGGGCCCAGUACGUGGCCCUGCUGCAGCGCGGCCACGGGGCGCGCUCCCGGGGGAAGAGGUUCAGCCAGAACUUCCGAGAGGUGGUCGGCAGGUUCCUGGCGUCCGAGGCGUCCUCGCAUUUGCUGGUGUUCGACAUGGAGCAGCGGCUACCGCCGCACAGCGAGCUGGUGCAGGCCGUGCUGCGCCUCUUCCAGGAGCCGGUGCCCAGGGCCGCGCUCCGCAGACACGAGCGCCUCUUCCCGCGCAGCGACCGCGCCCGGGUCACCGUCCAGUGGCUGCACGCCCGCGACGACGGCUCCAACCGCACCGCCCUCAUCGACUCCAGGCUGGUGUCCAUCCACGAGAGCGGCUGGAAGGCCCUGGACGUGACCGAGGCGGUGAACUUCUGGCAGCAGCUGCGCAGCCCCCGGCCGCCGCUGCUCCUGCAGGUGUCGGUGCAGCGGGAGCACCUGGGCCCGCUGGCCUCCAGCGCCCACAGGCUGGUCCGCUUCGCCCCCCAGGGGCCGUCGGGCGGCCAGCAGGGGGAGCCCCAGCUGGAGCUGCACACCCUGGACCUCAGGGAUUAUGGAGCUCAGGGAAACUGUGAUCCUAAGGCACCGGUGACAGAGGGUGCCCGCUGCUGCCGCCAGGAGAUGUACAUUGACCUGCAGGGGAUGAAGUGGGCUGAGAACUGGGUCCUGGAGCCCCCAGGCUUCCUGGCCUAUGAGUGUGUGGGCACCUGCCAGCAGCCCCCAGAGUCCCUGAACUUCAAGUGGCCGUUUCUGGGGCCUCGACAGUGCAUCGCCUCGGAGAUGACCUCGCUGCCCGUGAUUGUCAGCAUCCAGGAGGGAGGCCAACUCCAGCCCCAGGUGGUCAGCCUGCCCAACAUGAGGGUGCAGACGUGCAGCUGUGCUUCAGAUGGGGCACUUGUGCCAAGGAAGCUGGAGCCGUAGGUGUGGAGUGUAGCAUGAAGGCCUCUGACUAGGCACGUGCACAAAGCAGGUCUUAACAUAGGUCUUAAUUUUCUACUUAGCAAGUUAGCCCUGCCUCAGCUGAGUGCACCUCUUGUAACCUUCUUGUGUGUUCUGUUUCUUGCCCUCCUGUGCAUCACCAGCCCUGAGCACUUACAUGAGUAAGUAAUGCAACCCGGAUGGCAGAGCUGUAGCAGGAAAUUUCAGCCAACUUGUUAAAGGAUACAGCUGAGCAUGGACAGACUGUCAGCUCCGAGUUUCUGUUCUCUAGCGAAUUCUCAACUGAGUAUGGGACAACACACCCUAUAAUGAGAACUGGGAAAAUCAAACUGACUUACUCUAUCACAUGAUGAACUAAAACAAAACAAAACAAAAAAUCCCUCUGUUUCCCCUAGGCAGGGAGAAAAUCUAAAAAGAAUCCCCAUUCACCAAAAUGUUGACCUAUUCUGGGCUUUUGUAAAUAUACUUGGGUCCCCAAUCCCCUGAGAAAGUGCUAGAACGGAGGAUGAAGGGCUUUAAUCUAGGGGCAGUGGACAUGGAAUUGGACACCUGGUUUCUGGAUCUAAUAGGGCCAUAAGCUGUGAACUUUGGGCCACCAUUUCCUUUUAAAAAGGAGGAUUUGGGAUUCGGCUCUAGGACUUUAUUGCCCUGGGGAUCAGAAAACCCUACCCUCACCUACUCCUCUGCUCCUCUGGAGAUGGAGCAUUGCCUGUGCUAAAAUAUUUAGGUUAUUUCCUCCACUGUUGUAGAGAACUUGUCACCAGAACUCACAUGUAUUUACAUUGUUUUCUAAAACUUAGCAAAAAGAAAACAAUUGCAUGUAGAUAAUCUGCUGAAAUAAAAUAGAAGUGA